GGCGGCCGAUAUGUGUAAGCGAUUUGGGUAGUAGUAAUGUUUGUAGUGGUUACCAUCUGAUGUUGUGUGUAAGUGAGAGCAAUGACAGGAAAGAGCAGAAACUGGGUUCGAAUCGAAGCAGAUAUUGUGAAAGGAAGAGAAGAAGGAAACUGGAAGAAGCUUAUAGAACUUGCCGAACAUUUAAAAUCUAGGUCACCUAGCUCAGAAUGUCUGGCUCACUUCCUCAUCGGUGAAGGAAAAUUGGAAUCCUACCUCGAAGCAUUUCCUCCUGUUGAACAAAACAACAAUAAGGCACGAUCAGGAUUGUCUGAAGCAAAACGGUAUUUGUUGAGUACAGUAGGCGAGCAAGGGAAACAGGCUGGUUUCCUACUUCUUGAUGUCUUCUUACUUCUUGGAAAAACGCAUUAUGCAAUGGGUCAUUAUGAAGAGGCACUAGAUUAUUACAAUCAAGCCGAAUUGCAGUCGUUAACAGAAAAGCAUUUACCUAGUCGGAGUCUAAGAAUUGUCGCCGAAUCAUAUGCUAUUAAAGGGAUGUGCUUGGAAAAAGUUCCACCUCUUUCAUCAUCAAAGUACAAACAGGCUGAAUGGGAUGAGCAGCGAAUACAGUGUUUUGAACUAGCUGGCGAUUUAACACUAAGAUACCUGCAGGAGCAAGACAAACAGCAGCAGCAUUCAUCUACCCCAGGUUCAUAUUCACCUCAACCACCGAAUCCAGCAAAACAUAUUGGCCCUAUAUUGGAAACAGCAUUACAGAGAGCACCUAUUCUUUACAUGCAGACUGGAAAGCUUCAGUCAGCUGUUUCACGUUACAGGGUUAUGUUAAGUGCCAUAGAGACAGCCGCAACUCAGAGUCUGCGACUCACACUGACACGACGACUAGCAGAGGUGCUACUUCGUGGUGUUACUGGGAAAGUUUAUGUUAACCCAGAAAGAGACAGCAACAUUUUUCCAAAGAAGAGUAAGGGAGUUGCAGAAAGUCCAUGGAAACCUCGAAGGUACAUAGGUCAGCAUCUGUUCGUUCCCCGUACUGAAAAUGAGGAAAUAAUAUUGUUGUUAUUAAUCAGUGAGGCCAUGGCCGUCCGUGAUGCCGUUUUAAGCCAGUCGCCAGAAUUCAGGGAUGCAAGGAUACAUGCGUACAAAAAUGCUACAGCGGUGUACGAUCUUUUAACAAUAACUCUGGUACGGUGGGGGUAUAUUGACUUAGUUUAUGAGUCAUUUGAACGAGCAAUGAAGUUCUCAUUUGAAGAACCUCAUGUGUGGAUGCAGAAAGCUCUCUGUUUAAUGUCAAUGGGUCAAUACCCUCGAGCUUUAAAAGUUUUGAAGGAAGUGAUACGUCUUUUACCUACUAAGGUCCUUCCAUGUCUGUUAGCAGCUCGUAUUUGCUUUGAACACACAAACCAGUUUGCUGAAGGCCUGCAGUGGAGCUGCCAAGCCCUCUCCAGAGAGACGUCAUCACCACAAAAUCUGGCAUCCCGGUGUCAUCUCUACAUAGGCAUUGGUUACAGUCUGCAGGCAGCAAACACUACAUUAAAACAUGAGAAACAGCAACUUAUUCAGAGUGCACUUGACUCUUUUCACAGGGCACAGCAGACAGAUCCAAAUGAUCAUCUGGCGGAGUAUUACCUUGGACUUCAGUAUGCUUACAAUGGACAGUUAACAGAAGCAGUAGCACACGUGAAAUUGGCAUUGAAUUUAAAUGCUGAGCAUGUUCCUUCCCUUCAACUUCUUGUGUUACUUUUAUCGGCACACAAGCAGACUGCUGAAGCCCUGCAACUGUUGGAUGCUGUUAUACAAGAAUAUCCUGAUAACAUGAACUUGCAUUACACAAAGGCACAGCUAGAGCUACAACAUCUUGGAGGAGAGCAAGCACUCCAUACUGCUGGAAAUAUGUUGGCACUAUGGAAAAACUUGUAUGAAGAACAAAUCCAGGCAGAUGUAAUGGAACAAUCAGAUAGACGUAGUGAGACCCGUAGCGUUUUCCAGAUGUACUCAUCAGAAUUAUCUGAUAAGGACUCUAGGACUAGUUUACCAUUAUUUGGGAAAUCAGAGAUUAGCAGAGAAAACACUGAGAGAUGCUGCCAGAAUUGAUCCAUCAUCGUACCAGACAUGGUACAAUUUGGGCUGUGUUCUGGAAUCAAUGAAUGAGUUUGAUUCAGCAAGUGAUUCCAUGGCUACUGCCUUAGAAGUGGAAACAACUAAUCCAAUUUUACCAUAUUCUUCAAUACCAUUGACUUUUGAAUGACAAUUAUGAACAACAUAGAAUAUGUGAUAGGCAAUAACAUGUUAUUUUGCUGAAAUGUAUAUUACAUAAAGCUUUCCCUGACUAUUAUAUAUAAACAGUGAUGGCAUGACAAUGCUGUUGGGGAUUUUGAUAAAUGGUUUCAGCUGGUGUCAAUGUAUUUGUUUGUGAUAUAGUACAUGUAAAUCCAUUGUAAGAUGAUUAUUUUAAACAGAAUAUCCGUGACAGCUGAUGUGCUAGUGCAACACUUUGACUCAUAUCUGUCAAGGUUCAAAGCUUGCAAAACAAGUCAUAACUAUGUAGUAAAAGUACUGCAAGAAUGAUGACAGAAUUUACAAUACUGAAGUUCAUUAUGUGCUACAUUAUAGCUGGUACAAUGGUGAAAAAUUUUACUAGUUUCUUCAACUGCAUGCCAUGAAUGUCUGACUAUACCACCACUAGUAUCUCCUUUCUAGUUGUCUUAUGGGUAUUUGAAAAUAUUGUGGUGACUUCCUGAUAAAUGGAAAAGAAAGUUGUUGUGUUAAUUCGAUAUGAGAGAACUUGUUAAAUUCUCUUAAACAUAUUUUGUGUCAAACUUCUGCAGUGUACAAUACGCAAUAUUCAAUUUCCUGUCAUGUACAUGUGUACAUAGUCCUACCCAUUUUUGAAUGGGUUAUUCAGCAAGUUAUACUGUUUAUAAUACUCUGUUGAUUGUAUGUACAGUUAUUUAUUCCUAUAAAUUAUAUGUAAAAUAAUCUGCUGUUUUGUUUACAACUUGUUUGUAAAAGUAUAAAAAUUGUUG